AUGAAGGCCGAAAGUAGCUGCGAAGGACGCAGAGAUAAAGUGUCAGAAGAGAGAAGAGAAACGACAGAGGAGACGCGAGCCUCAACCGAAGGUGUCGACAGAGGCGGCGCCGAAGUCGAAGCGCGUCGAGAAAUAAGGGGAGACGAAAGUGGAGAGAAGAGCCUCGGCGCGGGCGCACGGAGCUUGCGGGAAGAGAGGGAAACGCGUCUCUUCAAGAAUCUGGAAGACAUGGCCGCGAAUGCCUCGCUCGAGGCCUUUCUCGGAAAGAUCACAAAGGCUCUCCUGCAACAGGAAAAGGAGACAGGCGGGAACCACCGGAACCACGGCGAACUGGCGGCUUUGUGGAAGCUGCAAUUCGCCGAGGCGUUUCUGCGACAGGGAAACCAACCUCGGCCUUCUACUUCCGCGUCCUGCGCCUCGGCCAGUGUCUGUGCGUCUUCGCUCUCUCUCUCGUCUGAAAUCGUUUUGGUCACUCCGCAUCCACACGAGACACUGGCGUCCGUGUUCCUCGCGGAUCUGCGGUUCCAGCGGCGGCUCCUCGCAGUCGUCGCGAGCCGGUGGCGCCGGAUUCUUCGGGCGUGGCUAGUUGGGCUCCACGACCUCAAGCGCGGCGAGGGCCACCCGCCAGAAAUGACGGACUUUGAGCGGUACCUCACCUUUGUGUUUCUUCCUCAUCUGCGCCGGGUGGCUUCGCAGUCGCUUCAGGUUUUCGACAGAUUCAGGGGCAACUUUCCACACCCAUCUGAGGAGCUGCGGGCGACGCGACAGCGCGAGCACGACUCUGAAAGACCCGAAUCCACGUGCCCGCAACCGGAGGCAUCCUCGCGAGACUCGGCUGCUGUCACCGUUGCUUCCGGUUCUUCUCUCUCUGCUUCGUCUCUGCGUGGAGGCCAUGCAGGAGUCGCAGCUCGAGGGACCGACCGAGAGAGACGCGACUGGGUGCUCGCGGUGUCUCUGCUGGAGGAACUGAAAAACAUUGUUCUUCUUCUUUGCGACUUGGCGCAGCGACGGGUGCUGCUUCACUUCGCUCCUGUCGUUAUGAACGCGAUCCACGUCGAAAUGCAAGUCCGACGAGCGCUCCUUUCCUCCCCAGCCUCUUCUCCGUCUCCGGAUCUUCCUUCCCCGGCGUGUGCCUCUCCCCGUUCUUCGUCCUCUUUCUCCUCUCCUGCGUCGUCUACGUCCUUUUCUUCGUCUGCUGCCUCUUCGCCAGGUUCCGGACCUUCGCUCACGUGCUGGGUGGCGCCUCGGUGUCCAGGAGUAGCACAGGCAGUACGUACAGCUCGUGAGGAGUUCCUCGCUUCUCCCGCGGGUCGGCGUGCCUCGAGCGAAGGCUUAGCCAGAAAGGAAAACGGUGGGAAAGUCUUGGACAGCUUCCCAGACGAGGCCCCGGCCACGGCGCCUGCUGCGCAGUGUCAGCUCCUCCCCGAGCAGGGAGACGCAGGAAAUAAGGAAGGCCGAGAGGAGCCGAGACGCGGAGACGAGAACGAAACGCAGAUGUCGCCGGAGGAUUCGACAGGGUGGCCUUCUCCAACGCGAUGGGCGACGUGCCUUCAAGUCGAGAUUCUCCGAGGGUUCGGCCGCAUGGGACUCUACAGCGAGAAACUUCUUCAUGUCGUCAGCGACGAGUCGAAGCAUUUGUGGCCGCAUGAUAUCGUCUUCUUUCUUUUCGAGUGCGGCCGAUACGGCCUUGCUGUUCAGCACUUGAUAGAUAAGCACGCGAACGAGGUGACUGCCUGCGUCGACAAAAUCAGUGAUCCGCUGCUCUACCUGGCGACGGCAGCCAUGCACCGGUCCAGCGUCUCCCAUCGCGUCUUCUUCGACGCGGCGCUUCCGCGGCUCAGCGCAGCCGUGGACACGUACGAUGACCCGGCGUUUCUCCGGACGAUGAUCAGCCUCUGCCGAACGCUGGAUCCCCAUCUCGAGCUCGCCCCCUACCGGGCCCUCGUCAGCCAAACCGCCGUCGCCAUGCGCCGCUUCGUUCCUAAGCUUGACGUCAAUGCUUCCGGCUUAAUCCUUGGCCUGAUUGGGAACCGGACGGCGCGGACUCCGCGGGCGUUCCGGGAGCUCUCCCGCGCGCUCUGCAUGCGCCUGGAGACGCUGCAGCACUUAUACGCGAUUCGGCAGGCCCAGCGCGAAGCUGAAGAGAGCGCGCGCAUGCUAAACGAGACGCGGACGGAGACCGCCGGGGUCGCCAAGGGAAGGGGCGAGGAGCCGCGUCGCGAGCAAGCGCGUCCCAACAUCUUCACCACAGUUGCAUCUGCCUUGACUCUCGGCGACAUCAUCACUUCCCUGUCGUCCUUCGGUCUCCGCACGCAUUUGUAUCCCCUGCUGGAAGAGGCGGUGUGCAAAACCCUCGAAGGCAUUCUUUUCGCGAGGAAGGAGGCGCUCUGGUUCCUCAUUUGGAUUAGCUUCGCAUCUUCGCCGAACUUUACCCCGAAGAAACUGACCUUGGCGCUCCGCGAGAAGAUGGCCGACGAUAACAACUGCGAAGUUCAGAACGGCCUCACGGAGAUCAGCCACACGGUACAGAAGCUCGGAGCUUUCCAUGCGCAGCGUCUGCUCCUCCCCCUGCAGCUGAUGCGAGUCUACGACCCAGAGAUUACCCGAAUCUGCAUAGACACCUCGUUGUCUCGCGACCGGUCCUCCUUCAAGCGCCUCGACUCCUCGUUGAGUCUCGUUUUCCCCUUGGCGUAUGCGAACGCGCUUCGGCCGGAGUUCGCCACAGAGGCGCUCUCUGCCUGGGACAUCAACAGCGCCAAAGUUUUUGUCCACGGCAAUGCAUUCCGAGGCGAGUACGGUCGCGCCACCAUGCUGGCGAUGCUCUGGUCCGCUGCAGUGGCGAAUCUGCAUGUUCAGCAGGUGCACGUGACGAGCUAUUUGGACAAGUUGUUCUGGUGUAUCGACGUUCCGCCCCCGGCCUUGGAUUCCUGGGACGCGUUCCGGUUCUCACAUCUGCCUGCCACCGGUUAUUUGGCGUCUUUUGUCUCGCUUUUCAAUCCGCUGUCCCGUCAAGUUCGGGUCGCCGCUAGUGGCUGCAGUGCGUCGCCUUCCGUUGGACUGGGUGUCUCCAGAGCGACGGCUCCUAUCUCCAGUCUGCCUGCGUCCAGCGUGGGCCACGCGCCGAGCUCUGCCGCGCUCGAGCUGGCCGGAAGACAAGACGAAGAGGAAGAACCCGUUGAGUCUUUUUCCCCGCCCUCGUUCAAAGAAUGGCAUGCACUCGACGACAUCCGCCAACACGACCGACUUGCGAUCUUUCAGAUUCGCGAGCCUCUCUUCCUUCUGCAUCAAAUUGCAGCGACGUACUUGGCGGACGCGCCGCAUGCAGUUCGCCGGUCGUCGAAAUUUCCUCUCGUCAGGGCCUGGGCCAACACAGCAGUCGACCCCCGCGUCGAUGCGGACCGAGCGAUCUCGGCCAUUGUCCAGGAGCUGCAAGGCCUUCUUUUAUCAGCAGGCAUUCGGAGUCGGGCGUUUGUGCCGUGCAGCCCUGAGGACGACGUCACGCGACCGCGGAGCUCAGCUGAGAAGGCCAGAGACACUGUGGCGCCGUGGAUUGGAGCCCGAGACGCGUCGGUUCCCCGUGCCUUCUCUUCACUCUCAGAGACAGACGAUGCGUUGCUGGCGUGCUCCGCCAAAACCAGGACACCCCAGUGUGUCCACCUCGAGUUCCUGGAUGGCCGUCGGCCCGACGAAACAGCUUGGGGGCGCAGAACGUUCAUGGAGCCCCGCGAAAAGCAGCGAUUUGGACUGCUCGUCCUCGGCGAGAAUGACGGCCUCAAGACGCUGCCCAGCUGGCAAACUACGCACUUCGACACCGGCGUGAACCUUUUGAGGCUGCGAGCCCUCAAGCGCCGCGGAUGGCAGGUUGUGACGGUGAACGUGCACGAGUGGAGCGAAGCGCAGACCCCCGACAGCCGGCUGUCUCUGCUGCUGGACAAGUGUGAAGCUGCAGGGAUUUCCCUGCCGUUUUGCGUCGAAUGA